AUGAAUUCAUUCGAAGAUAAACACAACAGCGAUAACAUCAAUUCAUCUUCUACAAUAACAACAGCUCUUACUUACAACUAUUUUAUUAAGAUUCACUUUGAAAAAAUUAUGGAUAUUCGUAAAGAAAAAAAUGCAAUCAACAAUUCAACAUCCACUGUAAAUAAAGAAAUGCAGCAUCGACAACAAGAACAUGCAAUGCUUGCAAGUGACCAUCAGCAACGUGUUUCAGCAAUAAUGGAAUAUCAAUAUGGGCCACAUUCUCAUUAUUUUAGACUUGAACAGUUACAUCAACCACUACAAGGAAAACAGUUAUUUGGAGAACUAGAAGAAGAAUUAUGGAAUGAAUUAGAAAAACUCCAGCAAAAUGAAGAACAACAAAAACAAAAGAAAAAAGAAUGGGAAGAACUUUGUUUACAAUCAUUUGAAUCUUAUGAUGAAUUCAAUGAAGAUGAUAUGGAACAUCGAAGACAAAACACUCCUGUGGAAAAUAUGGAAGAUGAAGAACAAUUUAAUGUGGAGCCAUCUAACAUUCAACACGUGGAAAAAAUAAAAGAAGAUGUCACUGUUGAACCACCUGGUUUGGUUAAAGCAUUUCAACGUUUCGGUGUAUAUGAUGGUUGCAAUUAUUCUGCUCAAUGA